UUCCAGAGUACUUUGUUUUCAAACAAAGCCCACCCGAGCUGCCUCCAGGGCGGCUGUGUUCCCGCUUCCUGACCCAGUCGGCCGAGCAGGGCCCCAAGACAGGCGACAAAGAGUACACGGUGUCUGAAACAGCACCUUGCCCCAUCAUCGAUGCCCAUGUUCAUGAAGCUGAUGGAUGCAGUGUGGACUUUCUUCGACAACUUUUACUGGCCCGUCCGCUACAAGGAGACUUACCUGGCCAAUCGAGCCGAUUUCCUGAUCGAGCAAGGUAUCCGUCACGUCAUUCUCUUGGUAUAUGCGCACAAGAAUGGAAUCGCACGCGAUCUCAAUAGAUUUCUGGCUCACACCGUGGAUGACAUGAACAAACGCUACGUUCAACCACAGUCCAACGGCUUCAAGGCAAGACGGCGAGUGGCCUCUGGACUCGGCACGGUCAUGCCAGGCGAGCCAGGCGCAACAGAGAUCCUGACCGAGGCCUUUACGACUUUGAAUCUGUCAGGCAUCAAGAUGCAUUCGCAUGUUCAAUGUGUGCCAGCCAACCAUCCGACCAUGGACGAGGUCUAUGAGACCUGUAUUCGCUUCAACAAGCCCGUUUUAAUCCAUGCGGGUAAAGACCCCAAUAGCUCUGCGUACAAGGUCGAUGCGGGCAAAAUUUGCGACGUGAGUAUUGUUGAGGAUGUGCUCAUCAGGUAUCCCAACCUUCGCAUGUGUGUUCCCCAUCUUGGAAUGAACCAGUACCAAGAGUUCUUUGACCUACUUGACCGAUUCCCAAACCUUUAUCUGGAUACAACCAUGACAUUCGGGUCAUUUUUUCAAUCAAUGGACGUGAACAAGCCCUUGACUCAAAUGAUGCGGACAAUGCUCCUCAAACACAGCGACCGCAUCCUAUACGGAACGGACUGGCCAAACAUUCCAUAUGACUGGUGUCGUGAGCUGGCCAACCUGGUCAGUCUUGUAGACGGGGAUGGCGAAGCGACGAGUGUCAGAAUCGAACCGAUGGUAACGGCGGAGAGGGGCAAGCAUCGCACGGUCGAUGGAGAUGCUGCGCUCGAGAGGGUUCUUUGGAAGAAUGCGGCCAAGUUCUAUGGAAUCUCAGAUGCAGAUCUGGGGCUUUCGAUCGGCCAUGGGUCACUAUCUCCCAGCUUGUAGCGCGUACGUCUUUACUUCAGUAGACAAGCGAGUGCCCUAGUAGUAAAUAUAGAGGCCUGCUGUUUCAGAAUGAAUUAGUCCAGUACAUUGCACUUUGGACAGGAAACAUAGGCGUACGAAUCAAUUGAUGCGCUCAGUUUUGUUGUGGAACGACCCGAUCUGCGAAUCAUAACCCGGAAUGGUGAGAGUGGUAUGCAGUCAAGGGCAUGC